AUGAUUUCAGAAAAGUAUAUCGGCCUUUUACUGGCCAUCUUAUCAACAAUGGCUAUUGGCACAAGUUUCGUCAUCACGAAAAUAGGUUUGAAUCAUGCGACAGAACGACAUGGGUUUGAAGGAGAAGGAUUUUCAUAUUUGAAGAGUCCGACGUGGUGGGCCGGAGUCAGUAUCUUGGCUAUCGGAGAAGCCGCCAACUUUGCCGCAUAUGCAUUCGCACCCGCUAUUUUGGUUACACCGUUGGGUGCGCUAAGUGUCCUAAUCGGCGCCGUUCUAGGGUCCUAUUUCCUCAAAGAAAGACUUGGUGUCUUGGGGAAGCUGGGCUGUGCCAUGUGUUUACUGGGUUCAGUCGUCAUUGUUUUACAUGCGCCACCGGACCAGCCAGUCGAAACGAUUGAUGAGAUUUUGCACUAUGCGCUUCAACCUGGCUUUUUGGUCUAUUGCCUUGCAGUCGCUAUCUUUGCCUCCCUGAUGAUCUACCGUGUCGCACCAUUAUAUGGGAAGAGGAAUCCUCUAAUUUACAUCUCGAUCUGCUCCACCGUUGGCUCCGUCUCCGUCAUGUCCGUAAAGGCUUUCGGAAUUGCCUUGAAACUCAGUCUCGGAGGGCACAACCAGUUCAGUCAUGCGUCGACAUACGUUUUCCUCAUUGUCACGGUUUUUUGCAUUCUCACACAGAUGAACUAUUUCAACAAGGCAUUGAACGAGUUCUCGACCUCGAUUGUCAAUCCCUUGUAUUAUGUCACAUUUACGACUGCUACGCUCUGCGCCUCUUUCAUCCUGUUCAAAGGAUUCAACACAACCGAUGCCGUGAACACCAUUUCGCUACUCUGCGGCUUCCUUAUUAUCUUCUCCGGGGUAUAUCUCUUGAACAUCUCCCGGCAUGACCCAGACGGACAACUGCUCAACUCGAAGUUUGAUGAGGAAGGGGUUCCCACAGAUGGCAUUGCAGGGUUCCAAACGCGUCGAUCAAUGCAGGCGCGUAGAAGCCACGAACCGCACCGCCGCAGCUCUUCCAGCGUCGCCUUCCUGAACGGCCAUGGUGAUCGUGAAGGACUUAUUCACUCUUACGAUGUCGAGAAUCAAAAUAUUGGCUUAUCGGAACUGGCCGAGGAGAGUGACGGGGAGCCCGGCCCUACCUACAAAGGCCAGGAGGUAGAUCACACGUCGCAGCAACGGAAGAAACACGACGAUCAAUAG